UUUUGCCGGAUCACCUCUACUCGCAUUCAUCUAUCUGGGUGGUAGAGCUCUUCAACGUCAGGUUCCAUCUCUACUCUACAAUUGAUCACAGACGCGCACUCAACUUCACAAUGCUGUCCCGCGCUGCCUUCCGCCCCUCCGCAAACGCAUAUGCGAACAUGAUUGCUCGUCGGAACUUCUCAACCACUCGCGCCCAGUUCUCGAGCCCGUACCAUUACCCUGAGGGGCCUCGCAGCAACAUUCCAUUUAACCCACUGACCCGAUUUUUCGCCCUCCGAUUCUGGAGCUUUUGUUUCGUCGGAUUCUUCACACCAUUUGCUAUAGCUGUUUGGCAGACGAAGAAGAAUAAAACAGGGCUCAUGCCACAGUCCCAAGGCCAAUACCUUCCGGCUUACUGCACUCUCGAACUCUAGGAGAACGCUUAGGGACUAAGUAAUGGUAUUGACAGUUACCAUGCUACCCUGCGCUAGGACGGCUUUCGCCACUUGCAGUAGUUGUGUCUU